AUGGACCACUUCAACGCCACUGUCCACAAUGGGAAUCUUGUCUCAACGCGGAGGGGGCUCCAAGUCUCCAAGUCGAAACACCAGGGAACCCAGUUCAUCAAUACUUCCGCGGCUUCGGACUCAAGCCGCGAGGAACCUAACGCUUCAGACUCCUCGCGACCACUGGACCAGAAAUACAAGUUCUUGAGCCAACAAAAGGAGCCCCGCAGAAGCGUGUCAAAACGCGGCAAGAGUUCUCAUAACUCGUCGGAUGAUGAAAAGUACCGGGUGCGCAAAGCCAGGGCAUCGAAGAAAGCCCAAGAGCCCGGCUUCGUCAUGGAGACCUCGGCACAGCUGGGAACCGUCGAGGCUGCCAUUUUUGACGACACAUGGCGCAUUCCCCGGAGCCCCAUCCCAUGGCUGGCCUCGUGGAUGGGGAAUCUUUCCGAGAGGGAGAAGUGUCUCGUACAACUCUACCUCAAGCUGGCCCCGACGAAGAUGUACCCGUGCGAGCAGAUUCUCGAAUACAAUCCGGUUCGAGGGUCUGCUUUCAUCGAAAGAAUCAAGUCCAGCGAGACGAGCCUGAAUGCCGUGCUCAUGACGGCCUGCUACGCGGAGAUGUUCCUACAGGGCGAAUGGUCAUCUCCAGAGUUGCUGUACCACGUCUCCAAGGUGUGCAGCCUGGUUAAUGACAGGCUUUCAGACCGCACCAAGAGAGAUUUCGACCAAGGGAUGCUUGAAUGUGUUGCUCAGGCUGACGUUAAAGGGGCCGUCUACCUGGGCCUCUUACCGUACCUUGAUUAUCCCAGGUUCUUCAAUGCAACUACGGAUGCACUGCCGGAUCAGGUUCGCACGAGAAUUGUCAAUGAAAUGUCCAACGUUCUCUACCAGUGCGGGCUUCAGUCAUACCUCGCCAAUGCCAUGAUAUCAACAGCUCUGUUCGCGGGCGUGCUGCGCCUAGCGUUCGCGAGCCCCAACCGGGAAGUUCUUCUCAACCCAGAAGCCUUUAUUGAAGAAUGGCUUUGGUGUGAGUACCAGCUUGUGUUGUACGGCGGGGCACUCCGUGAGGAUUGCCUCAAUGACUCUCUGGGGGAGCUCGACGAGCUCACCGUCGCCGCCGACCUCGGGAACUCCGAAGCCGUCGCCGCGGCCAUGGUGCGCAGUCUAUACACGACCAAACCGGUCCCUUCUCCGGCGGAGAAUCUUCUCGAGCCGGUGCUGCGCACGGCUGCGAUUGUAUACCUUGAGACGAUUGUACCAGACGAGCCGCGCAAUCCGAUGGUUUACUCCGUGCCCCUGAAUCUCCUCUCAGCGUCAGUGCACAAAUUGACACAAAAGUUACAAGAACGGCAGUCUAGAGAAGCAGAUGACGGCGAAGGUGAUUUGGACGACGGUUUGCCGUCCAUGGAGGCCCUGAGGCCGGUCAUGAUAUGGGCAUGUCUGGUGGGGUCCGUCAUGUCCAAGCUCUGCGAGACGGAUCUGGUCACAAUGGGCAUCCUGUUUGAUCGCGGCUACUAUGGGCAGUGUCUGUCCCUCGUUAUUGGGCCCGAGCCCGAGCAUGUCGAUCGCCUCACCGAGAAGGACCUUGCUCUCUGCAAACUCCUAGACGCGAGAGGUCUGCGAAUCCGGCAGCAAGACGAGCGUGCUCUUCUCAGGGCUCUGCUGAGGGAGCAUGCGUACGGAUGCCCUCUGUUAGACUUGGCGUAUGUGUAA